UGGCUCCAGCAGUAACAGCAGCGAGCCCCCUCCCUGCCUCCCUCCCUCCUUCCCUCCCUCCGCCGGGUCACCCGCUCCUCGUGAGAAACCCAGCGCUGAUAUUCCAUUAGCUUCAUCUUCCCCGCUUACGCGACAGUGAGGAAGACUUGCUAAUUAAUUUACAUACGAGGGAAUGAUGUCUGAAGGAAGGAGAAAAUACCCCGUUGCACCUGCUCCGCCGAGACUUGUCAUCUGAAUCUGGAGGAGAGCUAUAAAUCAUGUAAAGUGUUCGCGGUGGAGUCGGCUUCUUCUGAGAGCUGUAGGAUUAUGUAUCCAAAUGCUGAAUUUAUAUUUCCCACUAGGAAAAGACUGAAACUCAGAUGCUUCAGAAGCUUGCUGUGUGCUUACCACGGGUUCUGCCAGCCAUCUCAAGAGGGGACUCACCUAUUCUUUCAUUAAUUGAGCAAAACUUUAUCUUGAAGUAAUUAUUCCUCUCCACAUGGCCUUCCUACUAGUGUCAGCUUAUCUUCUGCUGACUCAUGCUCGGGGUGCUCCUGUUGAGAAUGGGGCACUGCUGGAAACACUGAAGUCACAAGUGGGAUUAUUCAGCAAUAAAAGUGAGCACUAUUCAGCACAGGUGAGACCUCCUGGCACGAGCCGACAAAUACCUCAGACAAUCAUCAUAGGAGUUCGUAAAGGAGGGACCAGGGCUUUGCUGGAGAUGUUGGAUAUUCAUCCCAACAUUGUGGUGGCAGCUACAGAAGUCCACUUCUUUGACUGGGAUGAAAAUUAUGUGAAAGGAAUAGACUGGUAUAGAAAUCUGAUGCCAUUUUCUUAUGGAAAUCAAAUUACAAUUGAGAAAACACCAGGCUAUUUUACAUCACCGCAGGCUCCAGGAAGAAUUCAUGACAUGAAUAGCUCCAUUAAACUGCUGCUCAUUCUAAGAGAUCCCACUGAGAGAGUUAUAUCUGACUAUACCCAAGUAUAUUACAACAGAGUAGAAAGUCACAAGCCUGUUCAGCUCUUUGAAGAUAUUGUUAUUAAGAAUGGAGUGCUUAAUACCAAAUACAAAGCUAUUCAGAGAAGUCUAUAUGAUGUCCAUAUGGAAAAGUGGCUUAAGCAUUUCAGUUUGGAUCAGAUUCACAUAGUGGAUGGCAAUACUUUGAUCAAGGACCCUCUUCCUGAACUACAAAAAGUUGAAAGAUUUCUAAAUCUUCCUUCCCGAAUUAUGGCUUCUAAUUUUUAUUUUAACCAAACCAAGGGAUUCUACUGCAUCAGAAGUGAUGGGAGGGAGAGAUGUUUACAUGAAUCCAAAGGGCGUCCCCAUCCUCUCGUUAACAGCACUGUUCUAGAGCAACUGUAUUCUUACUUCAGAGAGCACAAUGCAAAAUUUUACAGGAUGGUUAAUCAUUCCUUUGACUGGCAUUAACGAAUUUGGAGUCAAAGCUUCUUAAAAAGGUCCUGAGACAACCUUUCAGACGUAUCUUUCUAAACUGUAAAGACUCAUUAUGAGAAUUAACAUACUAGUUAUAUGUUUCAUUGGAAUAACACAUCCAUUAACUCAUUGAAACACUACUCUUUAUGUUGGGAAAAAUAAGUUAUAUGUAUUUGUAUGAUUACUGGGAGUCAUAUUCAGAUCUUCUUUCUCUCACAUGCAAAUACAUGAACUUCAGACUAAGCAAAGAUGUAUCUCUACAAGAUUUCUGCUGUUUUGGAAAAAUGCAUCUAACUGUAAAAAAUGUAAAUAUUGGAAAUAGUAUUAUUCUAACUGUUCUGUAUUUUUUGUUGUUAGUAUUUUUUAUAUCCCACAUGAUAGUGGUGUUGAUUUAUAGAAUUUUUCAUAAAGUAAGUUUAAAUUGUAUGUUAAAAUAGGGGCAUACAUAGUAGCUCCACUAAAUAAAUCAUCAUCUUUAUGCUGAAGUACUUAAUUAAAAAUAGAAGGAAUCUGUUUCACCUGUAAUUUUGAAUAGGUGAACUAGAACCUGUCUGUACAACAUGAGUAUUAAACCACACUCUUUAUAUCUUGGGUUUGCAAAAAAAAUCUCCAAAGUAAGAAUAUUAACUGUUUGAAGAAGGUUAAAGUGAGAGUUCUGAAUGUAAAGAAAUUAAAAUAUCCCAGGAACACUGAAACUCUAUACGCUAAAAAAAAAUCAAUGCCACAAAAAUUAUUAAUGAUUAUUGAGCAAUUGUACAAAUAUUUGAUUGCAUAAAUUAUGUCACUUUGCUCUUGAAUGGAAAAGCUCUUAAAACUGCCAUAUGAAUUAUGUUUGUACUCUGUGACUGGUUAUUCUAUUGUUCUCCUGACUUUGGUUUAUAUAUCUCUAUUGGCACAACAAUUCUUGUUAAAAAAAAUAUUUGCUUGCCCCCUGAAGCAUGAUGUAGUUUUAUUUUGCCAUUUCUGAUGCAGACCAUGGGAUAGUCUCAACAUUGAAAAAACCUCUUGUUACAUAUCAUACACAUGUAUUACAUAUCACAGUUUGAGUAUGACAGGUUAUAUGUAAGAACAACAACCAUUUUUAACUCUGCCUCAGGAUGUUAUUUUCAAUUUUUUUAAACAGUAUUAUGCUGAUUUUUCUGCUUUUUCACAUAAACAUUACAUAUCAAUACCAAAGAAAAAAAUCAACUCUGAGCAUCAAACCCAACUGAACCCUGGUGAGGGUCCUGCAUCUGUGUCUUUCUACCUAAGUCACUGCUCAUCCUAAAGGAGUGUAUGUUCCUACUGUGGGAUUCUUCCAUUUCCAGGCUAAAAGGUAUGUAUUGCAGGGCUGAUUUUUUGGCUUUUAAUACUUUAUGAGUGGGCUACUUAGGCAGAUAGCAAUAUUCCUUUGAAGCUGGAUAGAAUCAGACUAUGUGAAAAUAUUCUCUCAAAAAAUGUAAACUGUUAAAAAUGAUACAAUAAAUCUUAUUCUUUAUCUGUU